AUGGAUAGUUCGUCUCUCCUGCCUGCCUAUGCACUGAAAAGGACGACUUUCUUCAAAACACAAGCGGGAAUCAACCAACUCUUACAUACAGAAGAGCCUUCAUUGGCCAGUAUAAUGAAUAUCUAUCUGAAAGAGAAAAGAAAUGGAUCUUUAGACUAUGCGCGCGCACUCUUGAGACGACGAGGGAUUGUAUAUGCCUCUUUGAAACGCGAAAUCUUCCAAAUGGCAGUUCAUAAGCAAGUCUCUGGGUGCAUUGAACUAGUGAUUCAACAAAUGCAUGCCUGCGGGCUUUUGGAGCGCACCGAUCUGGUCAAGGUUCUUCGCCAACUCACAGAAGAGCAUCCACAGCAAGUCUACCAAGUAAUGCACCAGCCCCAAAACACUCUACUUGGAAUCUUCAAAAUUAUUGAUCUGGAUACUUUUGAUGCCAUGGCUAUCAUCUCACGUACCGUCCUAGAAAAGAACAAAGACCGAGUUCUAGACUAUAUCAACGAGCAAACAUACUCCCAGACGCUUAAGUACUUGACUAAGGACGUGCAAGGUAUCAAGUACUUAAUUGAUACGAUUUCCCAAGCCCUUAUUCAGACAGUCGACCAGCCGGCAACAAUCAAAAACAUGGUUGAUCGUGCUAUCUCGCUUUACAUCAGCCUAGAAAAAAUCGACUACACUCGUGUUCUGCUCACUCCAAUCAUCACCAACCUGAAAGAAAGACUCGCCAGAGCCAUUCUUACCUUUGGAGCUGAAGUUGGCGCCGAAACCUUCUUCCGGGCGAUUUCCCGCCGACUAGAAGAAAUCAUUGCCCACUCGGGAGCGACCAGUCCUAUGUGCCCAACUGAAGAAAGACUGGUGCACCAAGAAGACCUCCUUGACUUUCUUUUCUCACUGAUUCCCUACAAUAGCAUGGUUGAAACUCUUGCCCUUAGUAUUUCUCGUGAUUUCGUGCUUAAUCGGGCCAGUCGCUACCAGUUCCUCCAAAUCCUAGAGCAGAAGUUCGGUACUCAGCGCCUGACCAACAUCAGCAUAAUCAAGAACGAUUUCCAGUACUUCUCACAAGUCCAUAUUCCACCGGCACAAGCUCUAGCAGCCGUUCAAACCCGACUAGCAUCGAUUGCCGAAAUAGAAUUCGCACCCAAACCCCAAGUUAGCUCCUUUGUAUACUCCUGCCACUACUGGCCCGAGAACAAUUAUGCCUCCCCCGAGGACGUUUUCUCCACCACAAUUGAGCACACUCCCACCCAGCCAAGCGCACAUCCGCACCCUAAUACGAACAACACACUCGCUCUUGACUAUGCCCGUGAGCACACAUAUGCCAACAUAACAGUUACUAGCCACGGCCGCUCACAAGACUUCACUCUCCCUAUCAUCUACCUAGAGUAUCUAGAUCCCAAGUUCAACACCACCGGAAUCCCCGAAAGCACUCUUAUCGCCAUUGAAUCUUUCUGGAGCGCCCAUGACGACUAA